AAUAGUGGUUAAGGGUGACAUUGGCAUCUCUCUCCACCUGUGAGAAGAGAUAAGAGAGAUGGGAAGCAACGAGUAUGUUCCAUUGUUUGAAACGAAAGAAGCUAAGGGAAGGGUCCUAUACAGGCUCUACGCUGGGUCUGUGGCUGGGGCUAUAUGUUUAGUAUGGACGUAUAGAUUGAGUCACAUGCCAAGAGAAGGAGAAGGAGAAGGAGAAGGAGAAGGAGAAGAGGGGAGAUGGGUCUGGAUUGGCUUGGUUGCAGCUGAGCUAUGGUUCAGUGUUUACUGGGUCUUCACUCAAGCCGCUAGGUGGAACCGAGUUUACAGGUUCCCUUUCAAGGACAGGCUCUCUCAUAGAUAUGAAAAUAACUUGCCACAAGUGGAUAUAUUUGUGUGCACCGCAAACCCUAUGAUAGAGCCACCUGCAAUGGUGAUUAAUACUGUAUUAUCAGUGAUGGCUUACGAUUAUCCAUCAGAAAAGCUGAGUGUGUAUCUGUCUGAUGAUGGUGGCUCUGUUCUUACAUUCUAUGCUCUUUUAGAGGCCUCCAAGUUUGCAAGACAAUGGAUACCCUUCUGUAAUAAAUUUAAGGUGGAACCAACAUCUCCCUCGGCUUAUUUUCGCUCCAAUUCUUCCACUCCUCCUCAAUCUACUCGGUUUAAUAUGGAGUUUGGAGCUAUUAAGAAAUUAUAUGAAGAAAUGGAAGCUCGAAUUGAAACUGCGACAAGGCUUGGUAGAAUUCCUGAAGAAGCACGAUACAAUCAUAAAGGAUUUUCUGAGUGGGAUUCGUCCUCUUCACAACGUGAUCAUGGCACCAUCCUUCAAAUUCUGAUGGAUGGGAAAGAUGUAGAUGCAAGAGAUGCUGAUGGGUUUGCAUUGCCUACUCUGGUAUACCUCGCUAGAGAGAAGAGACCUCAGCAUCCCCACAACUUCAAGGCUGGGGCCAUGAACGCACUAAUAAGGGUGUCGUCGAAGAUUAGCAAUGGAGACGUUAUCCUUAAUGUAGACUGCGAUAUGUACUCUAACGAUUCACUAUCAGUGCGGGAUGCCCUCUGCUUCUUCAUGGAUGAAAAGAAGAGCCAUGACAUUGCUUUUGUACAAUUCCCGCAGGAUUUUGACAACAUAACUAAAAAUGAUGUUUAUGGUAGUUUACUUUUAGUACCUCGCAAUGUGGAAUUGCAUGGUAUGGAUGGUUUUGGAGGCCCUUUAUACAUUGGAACUGGAUGUUUUCACAGGAGAGAUGCCCUUUGUGGAAGAAAGUUCACUAAAGAUUGCAAGUUUGAAUGGAACAGAGAUGACGGUAACAAGAAGCAACAGAGUGUACACGAAAUAGAAGAAGAAGCAAAGCCUCUUGCAAGCUCUACUUAUGAGCAAAACACUGCAUGGGGAAAUGAGAUGGGAUUGAAAUACGGGUGCCCAGUAGAAGAUGUGAUUACAGGGUUGUCAAUCCAUUGCAAAGGAUGGAAAUCUGUGUAUUUGAAUCCAGAAAGGAAGGCCUUCUUAGGUAUUGCCCCGACCACCUUGCCUCAGUCAUUGUUGCAGCACAAAAGAUGGUCCGAAGGUCAUUUGCAGGUUUUCCUUUCUAAGCAUAGCCCUGCAUAUGCAAAUGGAAAGAUUAGUCUCGGCCUGCAAUUGGGUUAUUGCAUCUAUAACCUUUGGGCUCUAAACUGCUUGGCAACCCUUUAUUACACCAUCUUUCCUUCAGUAUAUCUCCUUAAAGGCAUAUCCUUGUAUCCCCAGGUCUCAAGCCCAUGGCUCCUUCCAUUUGCUUAUGUGAUAUCAGCCAAGUACAUUUACAGCUUAGCUGAAUACUUGUCUUCUGGAGGCACGUUGCUUGGCUGGUGGAAUGCGCAGAGGAUGUGGCUGUACCUCAGAACAAGCUCCUUCCUCUUUGCCUUCAUUGACACCACUUUAAAGAAGCUAGGAUUUACAGAUUCAACAUUCGUAAUCACUGCCAAAGUUGCUGAUGAAGAUGUGUUGCAACGAUAUGAAAAGGAGAUGAUGGAGUUUGGGACUUCAUCUCCAAUGUUCACAGUAUUAGCUACACUUGCCAUGCUCAAUCUGGUUUGCUUUGUUGGAGUGAUGAAGAAAGUGAUCCUGAGUGAAAGUACUCUCAGGCAUUACUAUGAGACAAGGCCUUGUCAGUUUCUUCUCUGUGGGUCUCUGGUUCUCAUCAACUGGCCUUUGUACCAGGGCCUUUUCCUAAGGAAGGACAAGGGCAAGUUACCAGGUUCUCUAGCUGUAAAAUCAUUUGUAUUUGCUUUUAUUCUCUGUACCAGUUUCAGGUUCCUGUGAUAAUUUCUCCGUUCUUUCUGUUGGACAAGAUUAAUUAUAUAUACAGUUAUAAUUUCCUUUA